AUGAGUAGAAAGUACUCAGUCAUUCGCCCAACUCGAAACAUGAAAAAGAAUCGUAAUGAGCCUAUGGUAGAAAUACCGGAUUUUGAGAUUCCGUUUCCUCCAAAAGUAACGGCGCAAGAAAUAGUGGCGCAAAGACCUCCGUGUAAAUUAGGAUCGAGGCCACCAAAUAUCUUCUUUCUGUAUCGAAUGAAUUAUAUUAAAGCGCUAAAGAAAAUAUUACCAAAUAUUUCGAUGAGACCUUUAUCUAAACAUAUAAGUGAAUCUUGGAGACAGGAACCCGAGGAUCGUAAGGAAGCCUAUAAAGUUUUAUUUGAUCAAGUGGAAAAGGCUUUAGAAAGCCGUAGGAGACAGGAUCUAAUUUUGGUUUCAGAAGACUUUCCUAAAGUUCCUAGAAACAAUGCUAAUACAAUGUCAACGAAUGUUGAAGAAGGCAACAAGGAAACUAACCUCCAACAAGAUCCGCAAACAUUUCCAGAAGGCUCGAUCUCUACUCAGUACCCUAAUCCGCCAGAACUAUUAAAUUUGACACCAACGUUUCCCUUAUUUUAUAAUUAUGAUCUAAAUACUUACUUUUAUUAUGACGAUUACUUUUAUCCUUAUGAGUAUUAUCCAGUCCCCUAUGACCAAAGUAAUAUGUAA